GUCACCACGAGAAAGAGAAAACAUUAUUAUUUUACAUAACAAAUUUGAUAUCACUUGAGUAGUUCGCCUCCGCCAAACACAGCAUCCGAACAAGAAUUACGAAAGUUCCCAAUCAGCUUUAAACAAUUAAAAUUGACUUCUAGACGUGCACAAGCAACGCGAUACCCGAGAAGAAAUAACGAUGUGGAAGUUUAUUGCAGUGGCGGUCGCAAUUUUCGUUGUCCAGAUCGCUGGACAGCAAAGAAGUUACAACCAGAGCCAGUCUUCUGGUCGAAAUGGAUCUUCAGUUGGAGUGUGCAUUUUGGAAGUUCCAACGAUCGACAUUAUAGCUCCUGAAGAUCGACGCGGUGAGCUUCCCCGAGGAAAUGGGUCUCGGGCUGAUUUGACUAGGAUCGAAAUCUGCUGUUCUGGAUAUGAAAGAGUGCCACAUACUUUCCUGCAUUGUCGGCCUAUUUGCGAUAACGGCUGCGAAAACGGAAAUUGUACUGCCCCCAAUGUUUGUAACUGUAAUCGAGGAUAUAUUAAGAGCACAGAUCACCAGAACAAAUGCAUCCCAACCUGCCCAUUGGGCUGCUUGAACGGAGUCUGCACCCAUCGAGGAACCUGCGACUGCAACUUCGGUCACACUCACAGCUCCAACGGAAAAUACUGCGUUCCUGUUUGUACAGGGGGUUGUGGAACCGGUGGCCGCUGCACUGGCCCUGAAAUCUGCACUUGCAGCCCCGGGUUUGAAGUGAACAAGGACACCAACAAAUGCGCGUACCACUGCGAGGGCGGCUGUGGCUAUGGAACCUGCAUUGGCCCGAAUCAGUGUUCCUGCAAGCCUGGAUAUGUGCUGAAAGCGAGCAGCUGCGAGCCGGAUUGUCCGCGAGGCUGCAGAAGCGGCGUUUGUUCAGCCCCCAAUACUUGCACGUGUAAAGACGGAUGGACUCUGGAUAGAAGUGGAACCGUGUGCGAACCCCACUGUUCCCGAACCUGCCUGAAUGGGGACUGCGUUGGCCCGGAAACUUGCGCCUGCAAAAAGGGCUACACUCCCAGUCCAGGGUCCGAAGGACGCAAAUGCGUGGCCUUUUGUGAAGAUGGAUGCGAGAACGGCGUCUGUUCAGCCCCGAACUUUUGCAUCUGCAAUCCGGGAUUCAUGAAGGAGUCGAAGGGCAGCAACAGGUGCAUAAGGAGAGUGAGGCGCUCCGCCCUCACGGAUUUGCAUCUGGAGCUGAUUCCAGAAGAGGUGCUUGAGGGGCAUUAGACAACCUUUUUUCGUAUCGUUUGUUCGGGCUUAAGAAAUUACAAAAUGCAUACCGGCAGGUAAAAAAUAUACAAUAAGUAUAAAACUAGCGAUAUUUACACAGUAAACACACCCAGAGAUCUAGAAGGAAACUUUGGCACCGAAA